AUGAACCUGCUGAUGCAGUUGGGACUGCUCUACUUCAUCAACCUUUUCGUGGUAGGACCGUCGGUCCACAAGAUCCAGAGUCAAUACCUCCACUUUCAUGCACGAGUCUUCGACUCCGACGGCCAAUUCCUCGCUGACGAGUGGGAGAGCUACGAAGGCAAAGAGGAUCUGUGUCAAAUUGGCAUGUCCAGUCCACUCUUCUACUUCACGGUGGUCUUCCUCUGGGUUCUGCUCAUUGUGCGAGAGCUGCGGACCACUGAGAGACUGGCUCGGGACGUCUGGAGCAUGCCGAGUUGCAGACUGAGCUCGCAGAUGACGGGCGAGGACACCAGCCACUCAGUGGUCCAGGUGGUUGCCUUGACGCCGUGUGUGCGAUCAUUGAUCUACAUGCUGGUCAUCCUGCCCAAGCUGGUCAUCUGCUGCACGCUGAUGUACUUGGGAUGCCAAUGGCUCACGGCCACCAACUCCUUCGCAGAUCUAGUGAUGAACAGCAUCGCUAUGGAGUUUGUGACGGGCGUCGACGAAGCUCUCUAUGAGACGCUGCUCCCCGUAGCUCACAGGAAACAGGUGGCAGAUAUCAACUUCGUGACCUACCGCCCUCGCACGGCGGGCAGGUCAAAGGAUUUCGCUGCGUUCAAGCGAUCUUUCACCUACUU